CGCAGCAGAAUCAGCUGCUAAAAGAUCAGCAACGGCAAAUUCCCCAGCUACAACAAACUUAACAUAUACCCCAACAACAGCAGCAACAAGUCCAGCAGCGUAAUCUCACGAGAUUACGAAUACAGCCGAAUCACCUUCAACAAAACCAGCAGCAGCAAUUUUCGUAGCCACAGAUAACUCAACAUCUACCUCAACGGCAAAUUACUCAGCCACAACAAACUCAACAUAUACCCCAGCAACAGCAGCAACAACCCCAGCAGCAUAAACUCAUACAGCAAAAUCAGUUUCAUCAAGACCAGCAGCAGCAGCAACAACAAUAUCAUCAAUCACGCCCAGACAACGACACUUCUCACUCCUCACUAAACCAAACUCAACAGCAAAAUCAGCCGCAAUGUCAGCAACCAUUCCAUCAACAUAACCCAACGAAUACUUACAAAUCCCGUGAGCCCCCUAGACACGAUGGGACGAAUCUCACAGUUAUCCUGGGUGACUCUAUGACAAGAGGUAUCAACACAAAGAACAUGAGAAGGUCAACUUGCAAGAAUGUGACUAUUCAAACGUUUCCCGGAGCGACAGUAACUGACAUGAUGGACUACGCAAAAGUCUACGCCUUCCACCAGCACAAAUUAUUGUACAUGCUGGAACCAUGGAGGCAGAAAGGUUUUCCUUUUCUUUGCGUUCUCCAAGAGGAACAACACCCGAGAAGCAGGCAAAACUUCUAAAUAUCAAACGAAGCGAUAGCGAGAAAGGAUUGGAACGAGUUGCUAGAAAAGUAGCUAAAUCCCAGAAUGUUUCAUGGUGCGAACACUGGAAAUUCUUGGAUGGCUUUACAGACCUCUCAACGAGCGAUGGAUUAGUAAAACUUGAGGAGUAUCUCAAGACCAAAGCACAUAGAUUAAACUUGGAGAAAACAGUGCCUGUUGAAACACGUGUUCCUAUCGAAAGCUCUUCGUUUUGUUCACCCUGCGGUUCCAUUAGUGAUGAUGUUUUCGAACGCUCCGACGGGACUCCCUUGUCCUGCAUAAGUUCAAGAAAUAAGAAUUCUAAUUUAAAAAACUUUCGAGGCCGCUUAAAGUUAGAAGAAUCACUGGAAGAUAGGGGCACAGAACCCAUAAUUAAACACGACGCGUCACAGAAAACAUGCGAGAAAAAUCUGCAGCAUUAA